AUGUCUGGCGAAGGCGACUGGACCUGCGACGCCAACGACGCCGUGCACAUCACCGUCGUUCAGCCGAGCGAAGAAAAACCGAAGACACUAUCCAGCUUCCACCCGCAGUUUACGUAUCCGAUCUUUGGUGACGAGGAACAAAUUUUUGGCUACAGAGGGUUGAUUAUCCGUUUGCGAUUCGCAGCUCAUGACCUGCGCCCGCACAUCCAUAUCUCCUACGACGAGAAGUUCAAACCCGUGGAAGAUAUCUCGGCGGUCGAUCUUCUGAAGACGCUCAAGCCUUGGGUUCCUGAAGAGGCCUUUGUAACCCUCCCUGAAUAUGAGAAAGCGGUCCAAGAAGAUGCGGAUGCGAAAGACUUUGUACCGCCGGGCAAGCUAGUGCACAGCUAUGUCACUGGCCAGAGAUCCUAUGAAAUCUGGGCGGGCUCUCUCGCUGACCCCAAGGUGCAACAACUGCUGGACCGAGCGCAGAUCUUCGUUUCUCUGUUCAUCGAAGCUGGCACUCCUCUGGCAACAGAUGACCCUGAGUGGACCCUGGCAAGGUGGACUGUUUAUUUCAUAUACGAGAAAGUAACACCUCCUACCCCGACGGCCUCACAAUACUCGUUGGUCGGAUAUGCGACGACCUAUCGCUGGUGGCACUAUCAGAAAGAUCAAUUGCAAAAGGCAGUUGCUCGAGACGACCCUUUUCCUUUCCCGGAGAUCAGCCUUGCACAGCUUUCCUCCCGCUUGCGCAUCGCCCAAUUCCUGAUCCUCCCUCCUCACCAAGGCUCCGGUCACGGCACCCAUCUGUAUACGACGAUCCAUACAGCCUGCACUGACGACCCUACGAUCGUUGAGCUGACAGUCGAGGACCCCAAUGAAGCCUUCGACGCCCUCCGCGACACCGCAGACUAUCACAUCCUGUACCCCGAGUUCUUGAAACAGAAGGUGGACAUCAACCCGGACCCCAACGGGGCAUACUCCAAGAAGCAGCGACCUCGCCGCGUGCCAACCUCCGCCAUCAUCCCCACCAAAACCCUAAACGACAUGCGCCUCGCUUUCAAGAUCGCCCCGACACAGUUCGCCCAUAUCUUGGAGAUGUACCUUCUCGGCCAGAUCCCGGUCAAGAACCGCCACGCCGGCGGAGCCAACAUGGCGAGACUCCUGAUCAAGAAAUCCAAUGCCGACGACCCCAGCGAGCGGAAAUACUACUGGUGGCGCAUGCUCGUUAAGCAGCGUCUCUUCAAGCGGUCGCGCGACAUGCUCAUCCAGCUGGACAUGAGCGAUCGCAUCGAGAAGCUAGAAGAGACCGUCUCGAACGUGGAAGAGGGCUACGAAGUUCUGCUCACGGCGUUCACCGAGCGCGAAGAGGCCCUGAAAGCACGACAGGAAGAACUUGGCGAUCUGGCCGAUCCUGAAACGACCGCCGUUGUGGAGGAUGUGGCAGGCUCCAGCAAAGACCAGCGCGUGAAGCGAAAAUUCACCGUUGAAGACGACGAGGAGGAAGAUGAGGAGGAUGCUAAUGAUUCGGCUAAGCGGGCAAAGGUCUAA